AUGACUGCACUUGAUUCCCAGAAAUUUGAUGCAAUAGAAAAACGUAUUCAAGAAGAAUUUGGGGAUUUGAUAGAUGCAUAUGAAAAUAAGAAACUCGGAUUUCAAAAUAUAAUCGAAACAAAUAAUAGAAUUUCCAAUUCAAUUGAUGACCUUCAACUUAUGUCAGCACCGCUUGUAGAUUUCUCUGAAACAGAUCAAAAACUAAGAGAAACUAUCGAAGAAUACAAAAAUAUUAAAAAACAAUACGAAUCAAAGAAAGAAACAGACGUUAGAGCAAUAAACAAAUCUACAAAAGAUGAAAUUAAAGAACUUUGUGAUAAGAUUAAACAAUUUAAGAAAUCUUGCGAUACAUCUGAUAUGCUAACAAGAAUAUCAAAGAUUUCACGACAGAGAAGAACAGAUACAAGAUCAAGAACAGAAAGAACACAGUUCUUCUUAACUUCUUCUAAAAAUAAUGCUCGUAGUUCAAACUUUAACGUUUAUGUACCUUAUUGCACUCAGUACAACAACAUUUAA